CCCCGCUACUCUUUGACCGGGCAUGGAGAGCUCUGGCAAGAUGGAGAGCGGAGCCGGCCAGCAGCCGCAGCCCCCGCAGCCCUUUCUGCCGCCUGCCGCCUGCUUCUUUGCUACGGCGGCGGCGGCGGCUGCGGCAGCAGCAGCAGCGCAAAGCGUGCAGCAGCAGCAGCAACCGCAGCCGCAGCAGGCGCCGCAGCUGAGCCCAGUGGCCGAUGGCCAGCCCUCAGGGGGCGGUCACAAGUCAGCGGCCAAGCAGGUCAAGCGCCAGCGCUCGUCCUCUCCGGAACUGAUGCGCUGCAAACGCCGGCUCAACUUCAGCGGCUUUGGCUACAGCCUGCCACAGCAGCAGCCGGCCGCAGUGGCGCGCCGCAACGAGCGUGAGCGCAACCGGGUCAAGCUGGUCAACCUGGGCUUUGCCACCCUCCGGGAGCACGUCCCCAACGGAGCGGCCAACAAGAAGAUGAGCAAGGUGGAGACGCUGCGCUCGGCUGUCGAGUACAUCCGCGCUCUGCAGCAGCUGCUGGACGAGCACGACGCGGUGAGCGCCGCCUUCCAGGCGGGCGUCCUUUCGCCCACCAUCUCCCCCAACUACUCCAACGACAUGAACUCUAUGGCGGGUUCUCCGGUCUCAUCCUACUCCUCAGACGAGGGAUCUUAUGACCCUCUCAGCCCAGAGGAACAGGAGCUGCUGGACUUCACCAACUGGUUCUGAGGAGCUGCCGACCCCUGCUGGGGAUGGACUUUGGAAGUAGGGUGACGGCAGAUCCUGCAUCUUUAGUGUGUCUCGCCAAGGACAUUGAGAGUGAGGAAGAAACAAAUGAAGAAGAAAACAAACAAACCAGAAGGACGACCUCCAGGGGCAACGUGACUAUGAUGCCUUGUUCUCAGCAAACAGGGUUGGGCUGCAAACAGCACCUCUGCACUCCAGCCCUUCUCUGAGACGAAUGAGUGACUGGUAGCUGAACCUAAGCCCAAGUCACAGCUGGUGUGCAAAAGCAGUGGCUUCCUUUCCUAAAGCAAGAGAGCCACUCGCUCUUCAGUAAAGCCCAGCCACUAACAGGCAGGGUUGAAAGCACUUGCCAGUGCCUUCACCUCUCGCCCUCUGCCCUCUGCCCAAACCAAGUCCUAGCCCUUUGGACUGGGUUGAUGUCUUUCCUUAGUAAGCCCCAUCCCAGUGAGCUGUGGGCAUUCUUGGACACCCUUCCCCUAUCCUGGUGGCCUCCUCCCCAAGCCCUAAUUCUCUCUCCCACUGUCUUUGCUUCUGUUUUCAUCAUAGAAUGCUUCCAAUCUUUGUGAAUUUUUUUAUUAUAAGAAAAAAAAUCUAUUUGUAUCUAUCCUAACCAGUUUGGGGAUAUAUUAAGAUAUUUUUGUACAUAAGAAAGAGAGAGAAAAUUUAUAGAAGUUUUGUACAAAUGGUUUAAAAUGUGUAUAUCUUGAUACUUUAACAUGUAAUGCAAUUACCUCUGCAUACUUUGUAGCCCAUCUUACAACUGCCAUUCCCCCCUUGUGGUUUCGUAGGGAACUCCCUUCCUAGGUGAGAUUUAAGUGCCACCAGAAUGACUUCAGCACCGAUGUGUCUUACUUCCUAGAAACGUUGUUAAUGUAUUAAUGAUGUUAUUAAAAAAACUGUUCAAGAAGAACAAAGUUCAUGCAGCUACUGUCCAAACGCAAAGUGGCGGCCAGUUGGUUUCCAUGGGUUGCCUUUUGGAAAUUUCUACCACUGCCUUUUUUUUCCCCUUACUGUUUUAUUACAAACUUACAAAAACGUGUAUAACCCUGUUUUAUACAAGCUAGUUUUGUAAUAAAACUUUUUUCCUUUUUUAUAUAAAAAAAAAAGA